AUGUCUCAGGUUGAUAACAGAAAUUCCUCAGCUGCUAAGCGUGCCAGGACUGAUGGUAGCCGUAGGGAAGAUGAUUGGACAUGUCCCAGCUGUGGCAAUGUCAAUUUCUCUUUCAGGACAACCUGCAAUAUGCGUAACUGCACCCAACCAAGGCCUGCUGAUCAUAAUUCUAAAUCUGCUGUGAAGCCUCUUCAAGCUCCACAGGCCUAUUCAGCUGCACCUCCGUAUAUAGGCUCCAAUGCCCCCCCUUCAAUAUAUCUUGGUGUUCCACCAUACGGGUCUUCUUUAUUCAAUGGAUCACCUGUUCCUCCCUAUGAGGUUCCAUUUUCUGGAGGAUCAGCGGCCUAUCACUACAAUUAUGGAGGCCGCCUUUCUGCUGGCAGUCCAUAUAGGCCACUGCAUCUAGCAGGACCGGCACCAUACGCAAGUGGAUCCAUGGUGGGAAACGGUGGGAUCUAUGCCAUGCCUCAGUUAUUGGAUCGUUAUGGCCUCGGUGUCCCUGUUGGACCUGGAACAAUGGGCACUAGGCCAGGAUUUUUUCGCGAUGACAAGUCUCAGAAAAAGGGAGGAGAUGCAACUCGUGACAAUGAUUGGGCAUGUCCAAAAUGUGGCAACGUCAAUUUCUCAUUUAGAACUGUCUGCAACAUGAGAAAGUGCAACACUCCCAAGCCUGGAUCCCAGGCCUCGAAGUCUGAGAAGAACUCCAAGCAAAAGAUGCCCGAGGGAAGCUGGAAGUGUGAAAAAUGUAAUAACAUAAAUUACCCAUUCCGAACCAAGUGCAACAGACAGAAUUGUGGUGCUGACAAGCCAGCUGAGUCAGAUAAAUCUCCCUCAUCAUCUCCCGAACAAAAUGACCAGUGA